CACAAAUUUUUAAUUCGCUCUAUAUUACAGCAAAUAAGAUUUAAAAAACUUUCAAAUCUCAACUCUCAACCUCUAAAACCCUUCUCUAUUCUAUAUAAAUCCUCGCCGCGGGCGCGUGUUUGUCAUACAAUUAUUCUCCCUCUCUCUAUAAACUUUUGUUGUAUACUAUACCAAUUACUUCAUCAUAAACUCUCGUAUAGUUUUGUGUAUUCUCUCCGCAAAAUACUCAUCUCCAAUUUUAACUUGAGCAAAAGCUUUUUUAACCAGCAAAAUCCAAAAAAGCUUUGGCUUCUCCACAUCCCCAGCACAGAAAAUCUAUCAGCUACAACACAAGAUUCAAUUCGAGUUUUUCAUCAUCAUCUGGUCGCACUUUUCGGAGAAGAAAAAUAACCGUUCCGCACCCGUAUACGCAGUUGGUUGGUUACUAGCGGUCAUCUUAAAAGUUCACAGUUGAAAACUAAAAUUAAAUUUUAUUUUUUUAUAUAUCAACGGGGGUGGUCGUGUGUCCUUGAUAUUCAAAAUCGUCCUUUAAAAAAUCUAAAAAAAAAAACAAAACUAUUCGAACGAAAUCAGGAUUUUGCAAAAUUCAUUGCAAAUCCUUUAAGAUAAAAUUUAACCUAGUGCCGGGUUCAUUCAUAGCUUAACCGCAAAUUAACUUUCAAGGAUAACCGAAGGAAGAAAACCUAAAUUAGCAAAUAUGCAAUCUUUAUUAGUAGCAAGUGCAAUUUUGCUUAUGUUCACAGUCCAGCAAGGUUCGGCAAUACAAUGCUUUGUAUGCAACAGUCAUAAAGAUGCCAACUGCAAUCUGGAUAUUCCACCAGAUAAUCUCUUGAAAGAUUGCCGUCAAGAAUAUUCAUCACGAGAACAGGGUCUAUCAAUUUUCUGCAGAAAAAUCAGUCAAGUGAUUGAAUUUGCUGUCAAUGGAUUACCCCCAGAUACCCGUGUUAUCCGAACCUGCGGUUUCCUUAACCAAACCAAUUACAACUAUUGUUACUCGCGUGCUGGAUUUGGUGGACGUCAAGUUGUCUGCUCCUGCGAUCAGGAUCGUUGCAAUGGCAGCGGUGCCCUUAACUCGUCAUUCUUAAUAUUGGCCGCUUCGAUCUUAUGUGGACUUUUACUAAUGUUUACUAAACGCGUUUAAUUAUUUAUUUAAAUAAUUUGUUAAAACAAAAAAAACAUUUUUUUCGGGCUUUAAAUUUUUUUUUGUGAAUUUUAAAACUUUGUUUAUAAUUUUUCUCAUGAAUAAGUUUUACAAUUUUUUCGAAGAAAAAUAAAAAAAAAUAAAAAAACAAUAAAACAAAUCGAUAAAACAACAGAAUUUUAAAAAAAUGUAUAAAGAAUGUGUUUAAAAAUAAAAAGAAAACAUAAAAAAUAAAAACAAAAACAAGUCCUUUUUCUUAAAAUAAAUUUUAUAUUUUUUUAAGUUAAUAAAUAUAAAUUGUUAAACCUUUCCACCAAGCACAAGCAAAAAUACAUGCAGAACUUAUAAUUUUAAGGAGAUAGUAAAAUACAUUUUAAACUUAAAGAAAUAAAAAAAUCUAUAAAUAUAACACAAUUUCAAAAUAAUGUAUCCUUUUAUUGCAAAAUAAAAUUUUAAGAAAAUAAAAAAACAAAAACCUACGAGGAAACAGCUGAACCAAAGAUAAAUUGAAAAAAUUACAUUUUAUAGCGAACGAAAAUCGAUAGUCACAAGAAAAAUCUCAUUAAAAAAUUUCAACAGAAAAAAAAAACAAAAAUUACAAAAAAUACUUUUUGUAUAUAAAAAUAAAUUAUAAAUUAAAUUUAAAAAAAAAAUAUAUAGGUAAUAAAUAAGUAAAAUAUUUCCCUACAACUUUAUGUUAUUCAUUUUUAAUUUGCAAUUUAGUGGGUGAUUUUAUUAUCGACGAUUUAUAAACUUAAGAAAGAGAUCAAAUAAAAAUGUUAGAAUGUUUUUUUUAUAUAAAAAGAACAUUUGAUUCAGAUCCAAAAAAAAUACAUCCACCGUAUAACAAGACCACCAAAUCGUAAAUCGAUCAACACCACCAAAAUCGAUCGAUCUGACAUCAAAUUUUGUUUAUCUCUCAUCUUCAAGUUGAAAAUAGCGAUUUCAAAAAUUACCCAUAAAAAUUGCUUCAAAUGCUGUAGAAAAAAUAAAUCUUACAAAUUGUUUACAUGUAGCUUUUAACAUAAUUAAAAAUAAAAAAAAAAAAAACAAAAAACAAAAAACUUAAAUUGUUAAAUUUUAAUUAUAAAGUUAGUUAUUAUAAAAAAAAAAAAAAAAAAACAAAUAUAGAUAUUUAUAGACAAAUAAAGUAAAAUGCAAAUGCAGCUAAUACCAAAAAUUAAUCGUAGUUAAUAGAAAAAUACAAAAAAAACAA